CAGCCAAAGAAACAAAACAUCAGUUGGAGGCCCCGUGGAGAGAGAGAUAGUAAUGAUUUGAAAGAAGUGAAGGCAAGAAAACAAACAUUAGAGUGAAAAGAAGAAGAAAGAAAUUGGAAGUGACCCAUCCAUUUCCCUUUCCUUUUGUUUUUCGCUUUGCUUCUUCCUUCCCCUUUUCUCUAUUUUGGAUGGUAGAGAGAAAGUAAUAUAUUUAUCUCUACGAAGCUGGAGCAGCAGUAGUUCAGAAAAGGAGAGAAAGAUGCCAAGGCCUGGGCCAAGACCUUAUGAGUGUGUUAGGAGAGCUUGGCACAGCGAUAGGCACCAAUCGAUGAGAGGUUCAAUCAUUCAACAGAUUUUCAGGGUUGUGAGUGAGACUCACAGUGCUGCAACUAGGAAGAACAAGGAAUGGCAGGAGAAGCUGCCUAUUGUGGUGUUGAAGGCCGAGGAAAUCAUGUACUCGAAAGCUAACUCUGAGGCUGAGUACAUGAGCCAUGAAACCCUUUGGGAUCGUGUAAAUGAUGCAAUCAACACCAUCAUUCGCAGGGAUGAGAGCAGUGAAAGUGGGAAGCUUUUGCCGCCUUGCGUUGAAGCCGCCUUGAAUCUGGGCUGCAUUCCUGUGAGAGCUUCAAGAAGUCAAAGGCAUACUAAUCAGAGAAGUUACCUCACCCCAAGAGUCCAAGAACCUCCACCACCUUCUUCUCCAGUGCCUGCAAGAACCUUGAAUGAUGCACAUGCAGAAAGAUGCCCUCAGUUACCGCCUUUUCACUCCGGCAAUCAAUAUACAAGAGCACCAGCAACUUUGGAUUCAUCACCUCUUCCUGCUUUCGAGCGUAACAGUCAAAGGGCUGGUGCUCCCAGCCAUGCCUGCUCUUUGCCAUUUGAUGGUGUGCCUUUGGGGAAUGUCUAUCCGUUAUAUUAUGGAGAUCACUAUCAAUACAAGGAGCCUCAGUUUGUGUCCCAAGUCCCAGAGAGAGCAGCAUCAAACCCAAUAUACGUGGGCAAACCCAUCGGUACGGCAGCAGCUGUAGAUCCUGCUGCUGAAAUGGGUGCAUUGCAGAAUUUCUUCUCCCCAGGUCUUGAGAUUGCUUCACCAAGGACUACUCUUCCUGUCUAUGAGCAGAGGGCAGGAGCACAUUGUGAUUUGUCAUUGAAGUUGGGUUUCUCCUCAGAUCCUUGUAUGACCAUGGAAAGAAGUUCGGGUCAUGGAGGCAACAAUGGAAGGUUCAAUGAUCCAUCUCCAGCAAACAACCAGGAGUUCAGUUUUUUCCCUGCUAGUAGUAGUCAUGGUCCAUUUGAGUUCCCUGCAAUGAAAGGUGACCCUAGUACAGAUGCUUCUACCAUUAGAGAGCCCAGAGCACACUUCAGUGACAAUGUGGGGGAGGAUGGACAGUACUCCUGCUGGCCACCAGGGUUUCCCACAAACAGGUUCGUCGGUUGAACCAUAGAGGGGUCAGGUUUGUAGGCAAAUGUUUUUGUUGUGUGUAGACGAAAUGUAUAUCCGUGCGGGAGUUUGUGUUCUGCUUCUGAACUAUAUGCUCAGCCAAUCCUUUUUGCUGCUGUCAUUUUGCUAUGUUAGAGUUCAGAUGCAAGGGAUAAUGUUGAGAUUGGCAGGCAGGCUGUGAUGAGGUAAAAUUGUAAAUGAGAAUCAAUUUUCAAUGUUUAUUCCAAGUUGGUAUUAGCUGGUCUUUUGAGG